AUGGGUGCACAGGAAAGUACAGGGAGGAAGCAGCAACAAGUCAUAGAUGUGAAGGAAAGUGUUCCACAUGAGGCCAAAGUAUACAAACUAUGGAGUCACAUACAUCAAGCAGUGAAGAAUCAGAGUACACAAUGUACGAUAUUCAUCCAAAAGUUCGACAGUAACGAUGGCUCGUUAAAAUAUUACGAAAAUGGCAUGAAGUUGCUGAAACAGCUGAAACAUCCACAUAUUCUGAAGUAUUUGGAUGGAGCUUGCACUGCAACUGAUGUAUCAUUAAUUACGGAACGUGUGCAGAUGCUUGAUCUUUCGAUAAACUCCCUAUCAAUUGAAGAAAUACAAUCCGGUCUGCACCAUAUACUGGAGGCUCUUCUUUUCCUUCAUACCAAGGCCUCUUUAUCUCACAAUAACCUCAGCCCUGCCUCGAUUUUUAUUGCCAGUAGUGGAGAAUGGAAACUCGGCGGGUUUGAAUUCUCAUCUUCUCCUCACACCAGCCAGCAGUUUCUAAAAUCGAAAUUCAGCGAUUCAAUCCGACUGGCUGAGAGUCUUCCUCCUAAACAAGAAAGUAACGGCUUGUUGAAUACGUCUUUGUUUUCGGAUGACACAUUUGCCUUUGGGAAAUUGAUUGAGUUUGUCCUCGACUCCUGUGAUGACCAAGAAGAGAAUGUCCGAAGCCUUCGUGAAAUUGCUGCUCAGUUAACUUCUGAUGAUCCUGCUCAGAGAAUUCAACUAUCUACACUCAUUGACCAUCCAGCCCUUUCAAAUUCUCUUAUUCAAAUAGCUGAAUUUUGCAACACCAUCCAUCUCAAGUCUGAUGAAGAGAAAGAUGAGUUCUUCAGGAACAUUGUGCCUCGCCUACGCUCUAUUCCGCCUGAUGUUGUUGCUCGAAGACUUUCCCGUCUGCUUUUAUCCCGCUACGUCCUUCUUGAACCACGAUCUCAAUCUCAACUUUAUCCUGCUCUUUUGGUUCCGGCAGGUGCUGGUGAUGGAAUCCUCCCUCAUGAUCUUUUUCAGCGUCAUAUGAUUCCUGAAAUAUUGCGCUUGUUCAAAGUUAGAGAGUCGGCUGUUCGUACCGUGCUUCUGUCUCAUUUUCAAGGCUAUUCAUGCUCGUUAUAUCCCUCGUGA